ACAACCCUCGAGUUGGAAAUGACUCUUAAGGCAAGGCUACGGGAGAGAGGAUCUGGAUUGAUAUUGUGGCACAAAGUUAGCAAAGUUUAGUAUAUAAAAAAAUAAUAAUCAACUGAUACAAAAAAACUGUGGAGUAAUAUUGGACUCGUCAAUAAAGGAUAUAUUCUCGACAGUGUUGCGGGAAUAGAGAGGAGGGGCAGAACCACUGAUCCACAGCCUGGGAGAGGACCCACUCCCCUGGGGGAAUCUACAGAGAGGGGAGCCCUCAGCCUAGCUACUACUGUAGAGCAGAGCAGAGCACCAACUAACCAAACAACACCUGGGUGUCCCUCCCUCCCUCCUGGAAUCCCAGCAUCUGCCGAGUCAUCAGUAGUGAGUCAGGGUGUCAUGGCCACUGGGUCCAGGACAUGCAGAGAUCACCCUUCAUAGUGCUUCCCCCAGCCAACCACUUGCAAAAACACACACGUAGGAGGAGGAGGCACAAGGGUAGUAAUGAUGACCACAUCCUAUAUGAACGGUCACGUGACUGAGUCAGACGGAAGAGGAGGAGGGGGUGAGGCGAUCCAGGAGGAGCCCCAGCAGUGGCACAGGGAGAUGGCGGUGGACUGCCCGGUGGACCUGGGUGCCCGUACCCUGCCUGUGAGGCGCUCUGCCCAGCUGGAGAGGAUCCGUCAGCACCAGGAGGACCUGAGGAGGAGGAGGGAGGAGGAGGGCAGGAACAGACAGGAGCUGGAUCUGAACGCCUCCAUACGGCUCAAGAAGCUGUCUCAGAACCCCAAGGUGGGCAUCGAUAACCCCACCUUCGACCCCAUCGAGGGCCCUGGAGGGCCACUGGGACUGCCGCCCAACCUGGGAGCCCCCACUCUACUGGAGUUGGAGGAGCUGCUGAUGUCUCUGAAGCAGGUGCAGCACUGCCUGUCAGACGGCCAGAGCCAGGAGGACGUGGAGCUGGUGCUGCAGCUGGUCCAGAAGACUGACUUCCAGAAGGCCUUCAACAUCCACAAUGCUGUGGCCCAGCACAUGAACAGGCCCAGCCCGCCCUUCCCACACACAGACCGCGCUCAGGAUCUGGCACACGAGGUCCAGUCUAUAGUUCGUAACAGCCAACACAAGGAGGGCUUGGAGCUCAACACCCUGCUCUCCUCACCACAUGUCCAGGCAGUGCUUCUGGCCCAUGACUAUGUUGCGGAGCAGGAGAUGCAGCUGGAGCCCCUGACCCCGGACGGCCCCUGUGAGGCUCUCACCCAGUGGGGAGGGGAUGCCGUCAAGAUAGUCCGCAUGGAGAAGGCCAGGGACAUCCCACUGGGUGCGACGGUGCGUAACGACAUGGACAGCGUGAUAAUAAGCCGCAUCGUGAAGGGCGGGGCAGCGGAGCGCAGCGGGCUGCUGCAUGAAGGGGACGAGGUUCUGGAGAUCAACGGAGUGGAGAUCAGAGGGAAGGACGUCAACGAGGUCUUCGACAUCCUGGCCGACAUGCACGGCACCCUGACCUUCAUCCUUAUCCCCAGCCCACAGACCAAACCCCCGCCCAUCAAAGAGACUGUGGUCCAUGUGAAGGCUCACUUUGACUACGACCCAUCUGAUGACCCGUACGUGCCGUGCAGGGAGCUGGGCCUGUGCUUCCAGAAGGGUGACAUCCUCCACAUCAUCAGCCAGGAUGACCCCAACUGGUGGCAGGCCUACAGGGAUGGAGAUGAGGACAACCAGCCCCUGGCCGGGCUAGUACCAGGCAAGAGCUUCCAGCAGCAGAGAGAGGCCAUGAAGCAGACCAUAGAAGAGGAUAAAGAGCCUGAGAAGUCUGGAAAGCUGUGGUGUGCGAAGAAGAACAAGAAGAAGAGGAAGAAGCUCCUUUACAACGCCAAGCAGAAUGACGACUACGACAGUGAGGAGAUCCUGACCUAUGAGGAGAUGGCGCUCUACCACCAGCCAGCCAAUCGAAAGCGGCCCAUCGCCCUGAUUGGUCCUCCUAACUGUGGGCAGAACGACUUGAGACAGAGACUGCUGUCCAGCCAGCCAGACAGAUUUGGGGGAGCUGUCCCACACACGACGCGGAACAGGCGUGAUGUGGAGGUGAGUGGGAGAGACUACCACUUUGUCUCCCGCCAGGCCUUUGACAUGGACGCCACCGCGGGGAAGUUCAUCGAGUCAGGAGAGUUUGAGAAGAACCUGUACGGAACCAGCACCGACUCUGUCCGCCAACUCAUCAACACGGGCAAGAUCUGCCUGCUCUGUCUGCACACACAGUCAUUGAAGACUCUGCGUAGCUCGGAUCUGAAGCCUUACAUUAUCUUCAUCGCUCCUCCCUCCCAAGAACGGUUGCGAGCGCUCCUGACCAAAGAGAGCAAGAACCCAAAGCUGGAGGAGCUGCGUGACAUCAUCGAGAAGGCCCGUGAGAUGGAGCAGAACUUUGGCCACCUGUUUGAUGCAGCCAUCGUGAACACAGACCAGGACAAGGCCUAUCAGGAGCUGCUGAGGCUGAUCAACAAACUGGACACUGAGCCACAGUGGGUUCCCUCCUCCUGGCUACGCUAAGGGCCGGGGCAAUAUAACACACCACAACGCUAACCUGACUAGAGCCCUAUAAAAUCUGCAAUGCGCAGAAAGUGGACGGAAUCACAGAAUCCAUACAUUAAAACGGAAUUCAACAAUA